CUAUUACGCGCGGAAAAUGACAUGGCUGUACCCCCGCCAGAUAGCCCUCGCACCCCGCCUCACACUCCCUUAAACGCAGAAUCUCCGUUAAUUGACGACUCCAUGGAGGAUCACGACCCCUCGGCGACCCGGAAGCGUCCGCGUCUCGACAGUGGAAGUCGCGUUAGCCCGAGUCUUUCAAUGGAAGGAACGCGUACGGCCUCGAUCACGCCUGCCUCGACGGCUUCCCCCACGGCUGUUUCCCCUAUCGAUCUCGCCUCUGAGAUCGAUGAAGCUCCAGAUUCUGGCAAUCCAAGCGAUAUUACCAUCAACACCAAAUCUCUUCCACCCACCAUGGCCCCUGGUCUUUCUCCCUCCGAUCAUCAACCCUCAGACACAUCUCCAGAGCUCCAACAAAACCCCAUCACUGCUCAUAACGUUAUCUCACUUCCCUCUUCACCCUCAACUCCUGAAAGUCCCGAGAUCGAAGUCGCCGAACCCGAAGACAUCGAUCAAGACCCAAACAACUCGAACUGGAUGCCCCUCGGUCAAGCUAUGCGAGACCAAGAAGAGCCGGAGAUCAUCGAGAUCCCAGAUGUGCUUCCUCUGAGUGAAUCCUUUCCAAAGGUACACAGUGACAUGACAGUCGCAGAGAACUUCAGUCAGCUUGGCGACAUGCUCGAAUACGGUAUGAAUGAAUCCCAGACAACAGAACCUGGCCAGAAACUGAUACAGCGUACAGGACACGUGCACGACGGGACGGCGCUCGUAAGCAUACGACAGUGGCUGAAGAUGUGUGUGCAAAACAUUGAUCGGCUCACAGUCGACGAAUACGCUUCAGACCUAGAGUUCUGGGAGGAGUUGUCCUUCGUCCUGGAUCGCUUGUUGCGCAGAAAGAUAAGCAAAUGGCAACUGGAUAUGGAUGAGGAAGAUAUUCCUGAUUUCCUCGAACAAUAUCUUCUUGACUAUGCCCGCAUUGUCAUUCGUAUGGUGCAGCUGGACAUCAGGCUCUUGGACUCCGCCAAUAAAGACGGAGAACAGUUCGACGCUCCGCCGACCACAUCGCGACGAUAUCUUUUCAGCUUCCCUUGGUUGUUCCAGGGUGCUCCGAUACCCGUCUUGCAGCAUGCAGAGGGGAAAUCUCCUUCCAAAGGGCGUGAUCUUUCUGCUCGACUCAAAGCGCAGCUUUCCGCGCCUCCAUUCGAUGCAGCUGGUACACUACUUGAAUACAUCUCCGAUAAUCUUGCCUCGCUCCCCAAGUGUCCACUACUCAUUGUCGCGAUGAUAACGCCGUUGAGUGCCUUGAACGCCUUUCUCGAAUGCGACACUGAGGAUGCGCAGACGAGUGAUUCGGAUUCUCUCGGUGAAUCGGUGACAGAUUCGUUUUCAUUGCAGAGAUUUUACGAGACGAUUCGAGCAAUCGACAAAACGUUCCAAGGAUGGGUCGCGAAGAAGUUGCAGUUUGUCGCACCCGAUGUAAGCGAUGCACUUUUGGGCGCACUCUUUCGCAGUUACCAUUUCCUUUGUCGCCGAUACCCGGAAUUUCUACUCCAGCUUGCGCAGGAGUUGUCGAUCCAAGUUCCCGAGGAUGCUGGUGCGGAGCAAGCCGCAUUGUGCGUUGUAUGGACAUGGAAGUUCGAUGCUCUGAGAAAGGAAAUGAUGGAAGGUCGAAUGCAGCUUCGGGUUCACGGCGUGGAGAAGAUGCAGUCGGACCUGAUCAGCAUCUGGUCUGACCACCGUCCCCUGAACCAGGAUGUCAACGAGAUACCACUCCUGACACACAUGGUUCAAUAUCUGCGAAAGGCCAAGAUCUUUGAUUAUCUUCUUGGCAUUGACUCUCACCCACAGUUGAUCCGCCGAAGCAGCAAUAUCUUUGGGUUCUUAAUGGUGAUGGGUCAGUACACCGAUCACGACACAGAUGCCAUCUGGAAAACUGUUACCGAGAGCCAGGAUGAUCGCACUGUCAGCGAGGUGAUUAGCAUGCUUGAACGAACUGCUGGGAUGCAUCUCAAACCAGAGCGGUUGCUAUAUCUUUGUUCGAAAUUGCUUGAUCUCCCCCUUAGUCGGGUUGACAAUCGCAUAAUCGUCUUCUGUGAGGAGUUAAUACCGCGCGUGCGCGAACUACAGUCAAACCGGGAUCAUGAGAACAUGUCUAACGGGGAGCACCUCGGCUCGAUCCCACUGAAGCUCUGUGUUCGCCUCAUUCGUGAGAGCUCGGGCGACAAGGACUUGACCAUUGAACAAAGGACAUUGAUGCAGGAGUGUGGAACUGUACAACUGGGACAGCUCAUCGAAGCUGGGCUGGACGAAAGCGACAAAGCAGAGACAUAUGAGCGCUGCGUUCAAGACAUCGGAGAAAAGAAUGAAUGGACUGCCGGCAGUAUUCAGGUAUUGAACGCACUGGUACCCUAUGGUGAUGCACGGGAGCUUUGGAAGCUUGCCACUGAUUUUGACUUGACACGUUUGGUGAUAAUCGAACUUCAUCAUCUCGUCAGUGAAGACCACACCAAGCUGCAGCACCUGUCCUCAAAGCACGGUCUCUCCUCGCGAGUCGAAUUCCUGCAGCGCCUAAUUGAUCUCGCCCCUGAAACAAUUACUCCUGAUCUGGGGAGCAUCCUCUGGAAGGAUGUUCUUCUGUCUCCGAACCUAGCCGCAGAGGAGCGCCAGACCAUGUGGAAGAUGUUGGUCGACCUCACCAACUGUACUAACCAAGUGAACCUGUUCCUUGAGCGUUGCAUCCACGAGUACCUACCGAACGUGCUUCCCAAGGACUACUCGCAUGAGGUGUUAUGGUUCACUCAGCAGUCUGUCAACUAUGAGAUUCGAAUCAAGCCACCGCCCAUUGCGGAGGAGAACGAGAUUAUAGAUAUUCCGGGAAUGGACCGAAUCUGGAAGUUCAUUCUGACGGCACCGCCACGGUCGAUUGAGGAUGAGGCCAUCAAGUUUGCCAUUGGUACUUAUUUGGAUCACAAUAUCGUCCACAGGGCCCCCCGAUCAGCUAAAGACGCUACUCAUAUCGCCCUUGUCAAUCGUUGCGUGGACCAACUGAAGUCUGCCGCUUCCGUGCUAAAGUCGUCUUGCAAUGGAACAGCCGACACUGGCGCUUCGUUGGAAAUUGACAACCGCAAUGGUGAUGCUGGGAUCCAUGAGCUGAGGUUCAGCCGUUCACUGCAGUUUCUUCGUGAACUACUGCAUGGACUGCGCACGAGGCCCCAAUACAGCUCUCCACGUAGCUCUCCGCCCACAUUGCCGCAACGUCCUCUGAAAGGAGAGCCGGUUGAAAUCAGGUACCAAUAUUUCAAUGGCACUUCGCGGUCCGACAUCUUCACAACGCGCAUUGGUGGUCUUUCCACUGCUCCAGAGCUUGCGAAAAUGCUUGUUCAGCUAACCCGAUUUUCCAAGUUCACGGCCAUCUUCCGUGGCAAGAAACUCGACUUACUCCAGGAUCCAGACGCCACUGUGGAAAGUUUCGACUUCCCUUCAGGCUUGCUCAUGCUUCGGAAGGCGCCCGACGCCCAUGAGAUCACGUUGGCCGGUAUCCGCCAGUCUCCUACGGCCGUGGACAACGAAGUGCUGAAGCACUUUGACGAGCUCUAUGAUCUGCUCACUCUGGCAGAUGACUUGGCUCGACAGAUCUUUGAUUUCCUGGUCGUCUUCCCGCCCCAAGUGCAAGCGCUUGAGUCGGUACGAUCAAAAGACAUAUCCGAAGUGGACUUGUUCCCAUUACAGAGACCUUAUAAAGCUCUGUACUCCUUGCAUACGCUGUCCUUGUGUCUUCGUGAGGAGGCCGUCGAAAUGUCUCCGGACCAAGACUUGGUGUCUCACAGCAUUCAAGUUCUGGCUGCGUUCCUGAAAUCAGAGGAACUGUUUAACGUCCUCUCAGCCAACUCGAUAGCCACUGUGCUCGCCACCAGAGCCAUUGAAUGUCUUCUCCUGGCUCUAUCCAUAUCUCGCGCGACUGGCGGUGACGAGGUCCUGGUCGCUGAUCCAAGCUCUCUUGUUCCACGAAUUCUUGAUCUGCUUAAAAUCGGUCGCAACGUUUCCACUGAUGCACCGGCUGGUACAUGUGCGCAAAGCCUGAUUUGUAAUUCCUUUGCAGUCUUGGUCGAGAGCUCGUUACGCGACAACAACGUCUGGAACGUUGUCAAACAACAUGCUCAGUUCGAUGACUUGAUUACCACUCUUCUUUUAGAAGAAACCAGAGAAUCAAUUCGGACUGAGAUUGUGGAGCGUCUGAAAAUAAUCUGCGGGCCCCUUAAGCCCGUCAAGCUGUCCAUGAAGGAAAACGAGGCGGGAUCUCCCACUGCGGAAGAGCCAAAUCGCAUUGACAUGCUUGCAACUAUCUGGGCUUCGUUUUUACAGGUGAUACCCAAGACUGUUGAAUAUGCUUCCCAAUCGGAAGAGUUCUUCAGUGCUGCUUUGUGGAUGUUGAGGACAAUUGCACAUAGGUCCCCGCGAGACUUGGUUUUCAAUGAGUACCUCCAACAAUGGAGCACAGUCAUGCUCAGUCACCGGACAGAAGAGUUUGUCGGUAGAGAGCCAGCAGAUAAUCUGCUGAUUGGGAUUUCUGCUUUGUUAGAGUAUUGCCUGGAGCUGGCAAACGCCGCUGGCGUCACUUUGGACACACGGAAUAUCGCCGUGGAAAUCUUCAACCAGUAUUUGUUCCCAGAUCUCUCUCCUGAGACGGCCGAACAUGCAGAUCCCAAAAUACCGGUGAUGCAUAGCAACACUCGCUCUAGCCUUUACAGUGUUGUUGGCUUGUUGUGCAAGCAGAGCGACGAUACUUAUUGCCAGGUCUUGGAGAUGGUCAACACCAAUGUUCCCCGAGAUUCUACCCAUCUCGAGAAUUGCGGCAAUGGAACUCGAGGAGAUAUGCUCCGGUCUGCCCAAGGAUAUGCAGGAUUGAGGAACCUUUCAAACACGUGUUAUCUCAAUUCCCUUAUGACACAACUCUUCAUGAACGUUGAUUUCAGGCACUUCAUCCUGAAUCUUCCCAUUGCUGAUAGGGUUUCACAGAGACUUCUAUAUGAAACCCAACGAUUGUUUACUUGGAUGCAGGAAACAUGGAACAAGUGCAUUGAGCCCUCUGAUUUCGUCAACAGCAUCCUUACGUACGAGAACAAGGGUAUCGACGUGAAUGUUCAGAUGGAUGUCGAUGAAUUUUACAACCUGCUGUUUGAUCGUUGGGAGGCUCAGGUUCUCGAUGCGGAACUGAAGAAGAAGUUCCGAUCUUUCUACGGUGGGCAGCUUGUCCAGCAAAUCAAGUCGAUGGAAUGUGAUCAUAUCUCCGAAAGACUUGAGCCAUUCUCUGCGAUUCAGUGUGAGAUCAAGGGAAAGGCGACUCUCGAAGAUAGUCUGCGGGCUUACGUGGCAGGCGAAGUCAUGCAGGGAGAUAAUAAAUACUCCUGCACUUCUUGCGGGCGACAUGUCAAUGCUGUCAAACGUGCCUGUCUGAAAGACGUCCCCGACAAUGUGAUUUUUCACCUGAAAAGGUUUGACUUUGAUAUGGUCAAUAUGCUGAGAAGCAAAAUCAACGACGAGUUCCAAUUCCCGCAUCACAUUGACAUGGCUCCAUAUACUGUCGAGCAUCUUUCCAAUCCAGAGGAACCCAUUGCGCCGGAUAUUUUCGAACUGGUUGGAGUUCUUGUGCAUACAGGUACAGCAGAGUCAGGUCAUUAUUACUCAUAUACCCUUGAGCGUCCAUCAUCUGGUGAGGAGCCCUCGUGGGUCGAGUUCAACGAUUCGGAUGUUACCGAAUUUGACCCUGCUGCUAUGGCAGAUCAAUGUUUUGGUGGUUCACGCGAGACCAUGCAUUACACCAAGGGGAACCACAAAAUCAAAACGUGGAAUGCGUACAUGUUGUUUUACCAACGUGUGUCCACAAUUGAGAACUCCAAGGAAGUGUUCAAGCCAACGAAGCCAGGGGUCCCGGUACAUCUCCCGGUAUCGCCGGUGACUCAGAAUUACAUUGCCAUGGAUAAUGAACUGCUCGUUCGGACAUACUGUCUCCUGGACCCACAAUACUCAUCAUUCGUGGCCAAAUUACUUCAGCGGUGUCCUAGCAUGGCUCAUGAGAAUGCCAACAGGACCAGAGCGGAGACAUUGGCUGUCCACAUCGGAAUGGAAACGAUUGAGCAAUUGGUUCCGCGCAUCAAGGAGAGCCAAGGGUUACACGAAAUCUACAGCGAACUUGUUGACAUGAUCAAGAAAAGCCCCAACGCUGCUCUAUCUACUCUCGAAUGGCUAACCAACCGACAAACCUCGAUGUACAACAUCAUGCUCAGGACGUUCGACGGAAUGAUUCGGGGCAAGGAGCUUACGUUGAUCAGCACUGCCCUGGACCACCUCCAUUCGUCGUCGACAGACCCAGAUCUCAGCGACGAGGACCGUGCCUCAUGGGGCGAUCGCUUCGAUGAAGCUAUACGGAGAUUGGUACCCAUGUUGUCAUCUCUGUGGUCCGACGUCCAGUCCCUCCCCCGAGUCUGGGAAGACUACUUCAAAUUCAUCCUCGCGCUUUGCAACUAUGGCACGAGCGUUAUCCAGAUCUUACUCGACCAGGGUUAUUUCGCUGUCUGUCUGGAGAUCCUCUGGAAUGACGAGGAGGAUAGGAAGUUCUUGCGCAACCGGCAUCCCGGUUACGCACGUCUCAGGAGCAAGGGGCGUCAGUUCAACUACCGGCCUUUGCUCUCACUGUGCCUGGUAUUCUUCAAAUGCAUUGACCUUUCGCUCCGCCCAACCCCCAUUGGCGAACGACGGCAAAUCGUGAAUGGGAAAUUUUCUACCAAAGUGAAUGAGAUGAACCUCAUCAGACCGCUUGAUGACGACGGGUCUUUGUCUAUCGUGUUGAAAAUGAUGAAGCACGACGGUUUUCCUCACACUCAGAUCGUUGGCGCGAUCAUGGAAAUCCUUCUACAGAGAGAACCCGACGCGGGCUUACUGGAUACUGUUCAAUUGACACUGGAAAAUGGGUUGAGAGUUGAUCCUGCUGCCCACUGCGCACCCUUCUUGGACGCAGCUAUAGUGUUCUGCCAGCAUUCUCCAGACCAGCAGCGAGUCGUUUCUCUCAUCGAGUUUAUUGCCAAGGGCGUUGAAACAAUCAAUAACAGCGGUGGUAAGGUGCACCUUGCAUUCUUCACUCGUCUUUGUCACGAAACCAACGAGCGCCUGGGCGUGGAAUCGGCGUUUUUCGCCGAGAUUGUAUUGAAGACGCUUUUCCUUUGGGCCCCGACCUUGCUCAUUGAUAAAGACAGUGCUGUCCGUGGGGAGGUGCACGAUCUUAUCAACGCGAUGCUCUUCCCCGAGAAUUCGGAAGACGGCACUGCACGCGCUGAACGUGAUGAAGGGGAAGCUGGCGAAUCGGAGACCGGCAACGAACUGCGCCGCAACGUUGGACGUGCUUUACUGGAUUAUUGCCUUGGACGGCUGAAGAAGUCGUUCCUUGACGAUCAGAUUCGACAUAUCGACCGUAGGCAGCUUGAGCAUAUCAUUCCAGUGAUGAACAAUUGCCUUGGAGCCUUUUACGAUGAGAGCGAUGCAGAUCAGGACCAGGUUCGGCAGGUCGAAGCACUCUUCUCACUCCUUGGUUCGAUGUACUGCGAAGAGAACCCGGACGAGGUGCCUUCCGGUAGGCUCCAAUCCCUUACCCUUCUGAAUGGCCGUGGAACAUCAUCUAACCCGGAGUUCCUAGACUCGGACGUGGCCUCCCUUGAGGAAUGGGGUGGAGAUUCUGAUUCCGACAUAAGAGUCGCUGGGUCUCCUUAA